GGGAGUCUGUAUCCUGGCUGGUGAGCGAAUCCUUGUCAAUAACCCCCCCUUGGCAUUGAUGGUGGGAACCAGCUCCUGAGCUCAGGAGGGGACUGUAUAUAAACCCUGAGUCUGGGCUGUACCAGGCACAACCAAACCAGGAGACAAGCCUCACAGCCUCCCAUCGCCACCAUGAGAACCCUAGCCUUCUGUCUGAUCCUUGUGAUGGGCUCCAGCGAAGCGCUGGACUGCCAGUUUGUGGACGGCUCACUGAAGCAGGUGGACGCUGGGCUGGGGCUGGUUUUCGGGGUGAACGACGCGGGCGCGGUCUUCAUGAGAUUCGGGAACAAGUGGGUGCCGAUGGAGGGGAACCUGAGGCAUGUGACCGUGGGUCCGGCUGGACUGUGGGGGGUCAACGAGGAUUUCCAGAUCUUCAAGAUGGUCGCCGGGAAAUGGGAGAGAGUGGAGGGUCUCCUGAAACAGAUUGACGCUGGGGGUGACCAGCUGAUCGGAGGUGUAAACAAUGAGAGUGCAGGAUUCUGUCUGAACCAGCAGGGGGCGGCGCUGGUGCUCGGGGGAGGGGCCCAUGUCCCCUGGGUCUCUAUCGAUGAUGACCUGGUGUACUACUCCUGCGGCCCCCAGUCCUGCUGGGGAGUGACCUCCAAGAACGCAGUGCUGGUCCGCAAGGGGGUGACCCCGAACAAGUGCCAGGGCUCGGACUGGGAGCCGGUCCCGGACUUCCCCAUGGUCCUGGUGGAGGUGGGAUCGGACGGGAUCGUGUUCGGCAUUAACGGCACCGGGGAGGUCUUCCGCAGGGCUGGGAUCACCGACAGCAACCCGUCGGGCUCCCAGUGGACUCACCAGUACGUCUGCGGCAACAUGAGGCAUGCCACCUACGACCUGGGAGUGCUGUGGCUGAUUACAAUGGAUCAGAAGAUCGUGAGCUGCAUCCUCUAG